GAAAUUGUGAAGUUUCUUAUUUCUGUAAUGGUUAAGUCUAUCAAACGUGUAAGUACCGUUAAGAGACUGAGAUCUAAUACUAGUCAGCCAUCUGAAGGCCUCAGCUCCGUUGACAAUUCUACACUGUUUACACCAGCCAUACCCAGAGUUAUGGUAUCUGAUAUCAUGGAGGAAUUAGCAGAGAAUGCGGCUUGUAGCAAAAAUGAUUUACUGACACUUCAGAAGUCAAUAGCAGAACUACAGAGCAAGUUUGACAGCAUUAUGCCUCUCACGCAACUGUGUGACCCACCACAAAACAUCUGUUUUGAAUCACUAAUCAAAUCCGAGCGCAUAAUUGACUAUUUGGCUGAAGAAGCUGUUAAGAGGAUUAUGUCUUCACAUAACGUCUUGGCCUAUAACAUUCCAGACAGAGAGCCGAUUGCCAAACUUAAGAAUUCGUGUCUAAAGGCUUGUAAUAUGUCGUUGACAGAAUGUCAGGUCUUGCGUCUUCGUAAGAAAUCUGCAAACCACCCGUGUCCCGUGCUUUUCAAGUUUAGGUCUACCGAAGAAGCCAGGAAUUUUCUGAAAUCGGGUAAGAAAAUAGGCUCUUCAACACCAUACACUAACAUUAGGGUUGCACCUGAUUUAACACCAUGCCAAAGGCGAUGCCGCUCAGGAACAGUGAACCCUGAUAACUCUAAUAGGAUAACUGUAGAUGAUGUUCCGUGCGUUAUUCCGUCUAUUGAAAUAUCUGAUAACGGCAUGCAACAGACAUUUUCGCAGGUAGUGGCUAAUGUUAGCCAAGCAUUAUAUAACGAUAUUGAUGCAGACACUGAAAUGGUGGACAUAGAUGAGUCAACGGGAAAUAAUGUUGAAAUACAUCGUUUUCACACUGACGCAAAAGUCCAGACACCGAAACCAUCAAAACCCAUCCCACUGGUGGUCCAACCAUUGCCUUAUAAGUCAGUUACUCCUCUGUCUGACAAUCCACACUCUGUAAAGCACCAGUCGAAUGUAGCCACCCAAGUUGGCAAGUUUUCUAGGCAUUAUGACAAACGUCCCAUUUCCAUUAAGAAAACUAAAGCUCAUGAGGUGUUCAAGCCACAGAAACCCUACAUAGCAUGUGCUGACUGCCCUGUUAGCCAUCAUCAGCCAGAUAAUCAUAAGAUAGGGGAAAAAGAAGUAAAUAAAUUAAAUACUAAACCCGGAGCAAGAAAGCUCUUUGAUAAGAAAGAGACGAAAGCACCUGUAGGCCUUCUUUGUAAGAGAAAGUCAAAUAUGGUAGACGAAGCUCCUAGGGGUAGGCCUAAUUGGUGCCAAGUGGAAAGCCAAUUUUAUCGAAUCCCUAAUUCUAGACAAACAGCACAGCAAAGUAGUAGGUAUUGUUCUGCACAUCCACUACGUAAACCCCUUGUCAACCAGCCCACUUCUAAUAUUCUGUCUACUGAAAGUUAUAGAAAAUACCCCAAACAUCGGCCACAGACCACAUUUAGCAAGCCAACAGAACCCAUUCAUAUAUCUUAUGUGUCUAGUGGGGAGCAUGUGCCGAUUUCUGCACAAAACUUGCCAUGGUCUGAUGAAUACCAGAAACAGAUACCAACACUUCAUUCUUAUACUGGCAACAAAUUACCGAAUACACAUAUCGGUUAUACCUUAGGGCAGGAUUUUCACCAGCGUCAGUUAACAGAAACACCUGGAAUCAUGCAUAUAGCACGCAUGAUAUCGGAUCAAUUCCUUGCUGGCAUAGCGAACAGUCUACAGCUAGGGCAAGGCAUAUUUCCCGGGAGAUAGCUGACACAGUGUCGACACCAAACGCGGAUACUAAUAUCUCUAAAAUAUUAAUAUCUGAUUAUCACACAGGUGUCUCUCACUGCAUACCAUAUCCAAACGUAAGCCCAUCCCUGACUACCACCUCAAAAAUCUACCUGAAGUCUUCCUACGAUCCAAAGAUAUUGGUAAAUGAGUCUGAUAACAUGUAUAUAGAGGAUACUCACGGAUUAUUUUACCAAGAUGUUGUCCGCUCACUGAAACCACAUAGCCAGUGUUUAUCUAUUAUCCUAGUAAAUACGAGAUCAGUUCUAAGCAAACAUUUAGCACUAAGUACAAUAGCUUCUAUAUGCAGACCGUCAUUGAUUAUGAUCACCGAAGCCUGGUGCACAAGUGAAAUCUCCAAUGACAGCCUAAGGAUUGAGAAAUACAACCUUUUUCGCGGGGACAGACGGACAGGUCGUGGGGGUGGAACACUAAUUUACUGUGAACAAUCCAUGUGUGCAACCCAGUUUAGUAACCCAAUUCUGUCACAACUCAAUGACUCGAUCUGGGUCGAAAUAAAAGUUGUCAGAAGUAAACCUAUACUUGUGGGUUGUGUGUACCGGCCCCCUUCAUCCAGCAGGGAAUAUGAUAAUAUGCUUAGCAAUAUCUUUAAUGUUACAGCCAAUCUUCCUUUCAGUUAUAAAAUUAUCGGAGGCGAUUUCAACUUGCCAGAAGUAUCAUGGUCUUCACUCCGAGGACCCCAAAGGUACGAUAAUCUCAUAAAUUCCAUCGUCACAGGAGGGUGGACACAACACAUAAAUUCACCCACUAGAUCCGCAAAUAUCCUAGACCUUAUUUUCACGAACAACAUAACGCCAUCUACCGUACAUGUUGGACAUGAAUUUCCAGGUAGUGACCAUAGAAUAGUAGUUUGUUCUUUUGACAUCUUUCCUGAAACAAAACGCAGAGAUGAAGCUGGCCAGAUACCUAUGAGAUUGUACACACAUGCUGACUGGGACUUGUAUCAGCACCUAAUUAGAUGUUCUAAUUGGGACUCGUACUUUUCGAACCAGUCCUUAGAUGCAAUUCUUAACAACUUCUAUCAGAAUAUUAACUCAAUUCACGACGUCAUUGCACCCGAGAAGAUUCUUAACUUCAGAUUCCCCCAAAGUGAUUAUAUUCCGACAUCGUUUAGAAGAAGUCUACGUAAGCACUCAAUAAAAUACUACAGAUAUCAUGACUUAUCGUCAUUAAUUGCCAUAACGUCCCUUCUCAGUAGAAUUGAAGAGUUGAGAAAUAUAGGCCUCAGAAACAAAGAAAUGCAGGCCAUUCAUGCACCGCAUAACUCAGGAGAAAUAGCCAAACUUUUUAAAAGUAGGUUGAUGAACUCCAAAACACCCUAUCCGAAAAUAAUAUACUUAGACGGCAUUGCUUACGAAAAUAAUGAGGCGAUAUGUGAACUGUUUAGCAAGCACUUCGCCAGAUUAUACACCUUAGAGAACGAUGAAGUCGUGGAUUUCCCACGUAAAACAGACGAAUGUUUAAGUGACAUAAUUUUCACCACACAUGAGAUCGAUAAAGCUGUCGCAAAUCUUAAGCUUAGUAACACUACUGGCCCAGACGGUAUAUCUUCCGUUCUGCUGAAAAAAGGUGGUAAUGACAUGAGUUUACUCUUACUCAAGUUAUACUCAAUUUCAUUAAGCGAUGGGACAUACCCUAACUGCUGGAAGAAGUCUUAUAUUGUACCUAUCCAUAAAUACGGGCCUAUAGCUGAUAUCAACAACUACCGCCCCAUCAACAUCACGUCUGUAGUUUCACGUGUAAUGGAAAAGAUAGUUAAGACUCAAAUCAUUCAGUACUUGCUGUCAAAUGACCUACUAUCCCCAUCCCAAUACGGUUUCUUAAGUAGAAGGUCGUGCAUUACUUGCCACUUAGAUUAUUUUGACUACAUCACACAAAGCAUUGAUAAUGGGCGUUCGGUAACAACAUUGUUUCUUGACGUUAGCAAGGCCUUUGAUAAAGUCCCACAUAUCAGACUCCUAACAAAACUCCAAUCCUACGGAAUAACCGGAAAUCUUCACAAAUGGAUAAGUUCUUUUCUCACAGAAAGAGAGCAAUUAGUCAAAAUCAACCACCAGUUGUCUUCCUCAAAGCCGAUAACCAGUGGUGUAAUACAAGGUAGUGUUCUUGGCCCUAUUCUAUUCCUCUUAUUUAUAAAUGACAUAGUCUCUGUAAUCAAGUAUGGCAAGCCAUACCUUUUUGCAGAUGAUCUCAAGAUAGUAUAUGAUUAUGGGUACGGUGAUAUGAGCGUCGAAAGCAAGAUCCAACAAGACUUAAAUGAUCUAGGCGAUUGGAGCGAAAAGUGGCAACUGACUUUCAACCCAGACAAGUGCGGUAUAACCCACCUUGGACGCUGGAAACCGAUAAUGUGCCUAUACAUGUACGGUAAGCUCCUGUCAAAACUGAACACAGUCACAGAUCUCGGGAUAACAUACUCAGAUUUAUCCUUUUCCGAUCACGCAAAUAAGGUUGUAUCUGACUGUAAACGACUUACUGGCUUUGUACUGCGUAACUUCUACACCCAAGAAGCAAGAUUAGCUAUAUAUAGGACAUGUAUCCGUCCCAAACUUGAAUAUUGUGCUCUCCUAUUUAGUAACCUCAGGACUGUAGACAGAAAAAAAAUCGAAAGUGUCCAGAGAUUCCUCACGAAACGCAUAAUAGGGUUCGACCAACAAGUGGAAUAUGUUGACAGGUGUGUACGUCUGAAAUUAGAGCCUCUGUGGUUAAGGAGAGUGAAGUGCAACCUAUUUCUACUCUUCAAAGUCAUUAGGAAACACUGCUACAGUAACUCAUCCAUAACUUGGGAAAAUAUUAAAUCAUAUCAGCUGCGAAACCACGACUACCUUGUCAAGGUGGCUACCCACAGAAAAUCCAUUAGGGCAAACUUUUUCACCAUAAAAUAUUGCACUCUUUGGAACCAACUACCACCUGAAAUAAGAUGUUGUGAAAACCCUGAUGGGUUCAAACGGAGCCUAGAAAGACACUUUAACAUGUCCACCCUAGCUCGUCUAAAAGACCACAACUGUUGGUAGAACGGAAAUUGAAGGCCAGUCCAGUCUUCAGUAUAGUCACAUACGUAUAUCUCGACUCUAAUACUCACGCAGCGAACGUUAACUAAUUUACUGAUUUCUAUUCUCUAUAAUUUUCACUAAGUUGUGUUGGUGAAAGUAACACUGGAAAUAAUUGUAAUAGCAUCCACACCUUUUAACGUUUUACAUAUGUAUAUACUAAUAUAACAAUACUUAUUAAUCAUGCAUGUUCAACUCUUAAAUUAGAUGGAUAUUAAAAUACUUAAAAUAUUUAUGCAUCAAAUGUUCUCUUGCUUUACCACGCUUGUUUCCCUUAUAACACUCAAUUAUUGAACCUAGUGUAAUAUUUGAUAUACGAACUAUAUUAUUGAUUAUACUCUUAUCAUAUAUGGUUUGAUUUACUCUACGGCUCCCUGUAGACUAACCACCAUUCUUCAGUAUACACACACUGCAGUAUUGUUAAAAAACGCCAAAAUUUCGUUGGUUCUGUGUUAAUAUCUUUUUAUAAUAUGUCUAGACACGUUACUUUGCAAUGUCAGAUGUUUACUAUAUAUAAGACUGUCAUGAAAAUUUAGUACACUAAGUCCUGCCAACCGACCUUACCUUCAGUCCAUACUACCUAAAUUGAACCUUAACUAUAGUAUUCUGCUAAAUCUUGCUCCACUAUUCACAAUACCUAUUCGUUUUACUCUUUAAGGUUUUAACUUCUUAUAAAGUAAUCUGUUCAUCAGGAUGCAUGCACACAUAUAUAAUAUGUUCGUAAAGAUGUACGUGGAGACCUAUUGGAAGCACUCAUUAAGAAAGCUAGGGAGAUGGAAUAUGGGGUACGAACAUGUCUGGUACCAAGCAAUAUAUUUGCGGUAGCCAUAAUAAUCAUAGUCUCAGAGCCUAACAUCAAAAAAGGAGGGAGGGUGGCGUUAGCUGAUCAGUAGAUAUGGUGGUGGUCACUAAGGUGAAUCGCCCCAUUCUGCAGGAACAGCAAUAUACAAAUUAAAGGCUCGAGAUAUUUCUGAUUUUUAUGAGGGCUUAGAUCUUUAUCUUGAAAAAGAUAAUAGUGAACGCCUUGACAGAUAAUGCUUCUACCUUUAAAUAUAUACCAUUCGCUCAGCCUAUUGUUGAGAUGCGACCACGUGGGAUCUGCACAGAUUUAUGGGGCAUCUUAUGAAUUAACUUGCUAUCCAUUGUCAGAUCUUUAAAUACCACUUCACAAUAUCUUGUCUCACUUAUUUUCUAAUAACGUCUUUACUUGAUUCUCAUUAUAUUCCAUUAAACCUAACAUUUUAUAGCUCUUUAUGAAUUUGAUUCGACUUAUUCUAUUCCUAUUCUCUGGAGGGUACGGUUGUGCACC